AUGAACAACCGCAAGGCGAGCCCAGAAAUGAAGAUCAUGGCACGAAUCGUCGUGUCGUCAUUCGUCAUUCGUAAGACCCUCCCCUCCCUGUUGGGAAUGGACAACGAAACCAAGGUCCGCCUCCCGGCCCUUUUUCUUCGCUCCCUGCGCGAACGCUGA